AGAAGACACAAACAAACCCUCCGGAACCUUUCCAGCUGAGGCAGAUGAUGAUGAGUUCCUGGGACGGCCCCUUUGCUCUCAUCUGGAGAGACGAAAACUGCAAGAAAACAAGGCACUGAGGCCGUCGGUCGCGCUGCAGUUCUGUCUCCCAAGCUCUCUCAGGAAAUCGAGGUGUCGAGUGUAGGAAUCCAAGCUGAGCAGAGCCCAGCGCCUCUCCCAUUUCUCCAUCGUGAAGUCAGGAGAAGUUUCCAUGGUGGCCAGUGACCAGGCAGAGCCUGCCAGGGCAGAAGCUACUAGCGUUUCUCCCUCAGCCCAGGAAGAUGAAGUCCUCGGUACAUUCUGAAGAGGAUGAUUUUGUCCCAGAAUUACAUCGAAACAUUCACCCUCGAGAGCGGCCUGAUUGGGAAGAAACGCUUAGUGCAAUGGCGAGAGGAGCGGACGUGCCGGAGAUUCCAGGAGACCUUUCUCUGAAGACAUGCAGCACCACUGCCAGCAUGAAGGUCAAACACGUGAAAAAACCCCCGAAUCCAGGACUGCUGGGCUGCGACAACAUCCACAGGUUGCCGUUCACCAAAGGCCAUUUUCCGAAGAUGGCUGAGUGUGCACAUUUCCAUUACGAGAACGUGGAGUUCGGCAGUAUCCAGCUGUCACUUUCAGAGGAGCAGAAUGAAGUGAUGAAAAAUGGCUGUGACUCUAAAGAGCUGGUCUACCUCGUGCACAUUGCUUGUCAGGGCAAAAGUUGGAUUGUUAAAAGAAGUUAUGAAGAUUUCCGGGUACUUGAUAAACAUCUCCAUCUAUGUAUUUAUGACCGAAGGUUCUCCCAGCUUUCUGAGCUCCCCCGCUCUGACGCCCUGAGGGACAGUCCAGAGUCAGUCACUCAGAUGCUUAUGGCUUACCUGUCUCGCCUUUCAUCUAUUGCUGGCAACAAGAUCAAUUGUGGACCUGCUCUUACUUGGAUGGAGAUUGAUAAUAAGGGCAACCACCUUCUGGUUCAUGAGGAAUCGUCCAUUAACACGCCUGCCGUUGGUGCUGCUCAUGUCAUCAAGAGGUACACUGCCCGGGCCCCGGACGAGCUGAACUUAGAGGUGGGAGACAUCGUGUCCGUCAUCGAUAUGCCCCCCAAGGUGCUGAGCACGUGGUGGAGAGGGAAGCACGGAUUCCAGGUUGGACUCUUCCCCGGACACUGUGUUGAAUUAAUCAACCAGAAAGUUCCCCAGUCAGUGACCAACUCGGUGCCCAAACCUGUGUCCAAGAAGCACGGCAAGCUCAUCACCUUCCUACGCACAUUCAUGAAGUCUCGCCCAACAAAGCAGAAGUUGAAGCAGCGGGGGAUCUUAAAGGAGAGGGUGUUCGGCUGUGACCUGGGGGAGCACCUCCUGAAUUCUGGGUUCGAAGUACCCCAGGUGCUUCAAAGCUGUACAGCUUUCAUCGAGAGAUAUGGCAUCGUGGAUGGGAUAUAUCGUCUCUCUGGGGUCGCCUCCAAUAUCCAGAGACUCCGUCAUGAAUUUGACUCUGAGCACGUCCCCGACCUGACGAAAGAACCGUAUGUGCAAGACAUCCACUCGGUGGGCUCCCUCUGCAAGCUCUAUUUCCGGGAGCUGCCCAACCCGCUGCUCACCUACCAGCUGUACGAGAAGUUCUCAGAUGCCGUUUCUGCAGCGACAGAUGAAGAAAGGCUGAUAAAAAUUCACGAUGUCAUCCAGCAGCUGCCCCCACCUCACUACAGAACACUGGAGUUCCUAAUGAGACACUUGUCUCUUCUAGCUGACUAUUGCUCCAUCACAAAUAUGCAUGCCAAAAACCUCGCCAUUGUCUGGGCUCCAAACCUGCUCAGAUCAAAGCAGAUAGAAUCCGCCUGCUUCAGUGGGACAGCAGCGUUCAUGGAAGUCCGAAUCCAGUCUGUGGUGGUUGAAUUCAUCCUCAAUCACGUGGAUGUGCUCUUCAGUGGGAAGAUCAGUGCGGUCAUUCAGGAGGGAGCAGCUGCUCUGUCAAGACCCAAGUCUCUGCUGGUCUCCUCUCCGUCUACCAAGCUGCUCACGCUGGAGGAGGCCCAGGCACGGACACAAGCACAGGUCAAUUCUCCGAUGGUGACGGAGAAUAAGUACAUCGAAGUGGGAGAGGGUCCCGCCGCGCUUCAGGGGAAAUUUCACACCAUCAUCGAGUUCCCACUGGAAAGGAGGAGGCCUCAAAACAAGAUGAAGAAAUCUCCUGUGGGCAGCUGGCGGUCCUUCUUCAACCUGGGGAAAUCCUCCUCCAUGUCCAAGCGCAAGCUGCAGCGCAAUGAGAGCGAGCCCUCGGAGAUGAAGGCCAUGGCUCUGAAAGGAGGAAGAGCAGAAGGAACCCUCCGCUCAGCGAAAAGCGAAGAGUCGCUCACUUCUCUCCACGCCGUCGAUGGUGACUCCAAGCUCUUCCGGCCCAGAAGGCCCCGGUCCAGCAGUGAUGCUCUGAGCGCCUCCUUCAACGGGGACAUGCUGGGCAACCGCUGUAACUCCUACGACAACCUGCCCCGGGACCACGAGAGCGAGGAGGAAGUGGGGCUGCUGCACAUCCCCGCUCUCAUCUCUCCUCACUCCGCGGACGACGUGGACCUGAGCCCCCCCGACAUCGGGGUAGCCAGCCUGGAUUUUGACCCCAUGUCAUUUCAGUGUAGCCCCCCCAAGGCCGACACCGAGUGUCUGGAGAGCGGCGCCUCCUUCUUGGACUCGCUCGGAUACUCCAAGGAGGCGCCAGGCAGCGAGAGGAAGGAGGCGGAGGUGGGCGGCGGGCAGGGCCAGACCCCGGGCAGCACGGCCAGCUCCGAGCCUGUCUCCCCGCUGCAGGAGAAGCUGAGCCCCUUUUUUACCCUGGACCUGAGCCCGCCCGAGGAGAGGUCCUCGAAGCCCUCCACCUUCACGGAGAAGGUGGUCUACGCUCUCUCCCCCAAGAUCGGCCGGAAGCUGAGCAAGUCCCCGUCCCUGAACAUCUCGGAGCCCAUCUCGGUCACCCUGCCCCCGCGGGUGUCAGAAGUGCUGGGGACCCCCUCCAGUAGCACGGCCCAGAGCGCCUCAGGAACGCCCUGGAACAGAAGCGUCGACGAUGAGAGCGAUGGCGCACACAGAUCCUCCACCCAGCCAGGCCCCAUGAGAGCCAAGGAGAGCGAGGCCCCGGCCGCCCGCGAUGGGGGAGUCCAGGCCCUGGAGCCGGUGGUGGCGGCGGCGGCGGCGGUGGCCGCCGAGCCUGCAGCAUCUGAGUUGCCGGGAACAGAGGAGCCGCCGACGCCCAGCACUCAGGGUCAGGCUGGACUUGGUGGAGAGAAUCAGACAGGAGCAGUUGCCCAUGACCCCCCUCAGGAUCCCGUUCCCGUCAGUUCAGCCUCCAUUAUCCCGCCACCGCCGCCUCCGAAAAACGCAGCGCGCCUGUUGGCGUUAGCGUUAGCCGAGUCGGCGCAGCAAGCUUCCACUCAGACCCUGAGGAGACCAGGGGCCUCCCCAGCUGGCCCCCCAGACUGCGGGGCUGCGGCGGCGGCAGCAACUGCCGAGGACCGAGCGGCCGGCUCCUACCCUAGUGGUGCGCUCGAUAAAGCCUAUUUCCAGACGGAGCGGCCGGGGGAGCAGCCGCCCCUCCACGACGGUGGGGCGGGGCUCUGUGACCUGCCCGGGUCAGACGCAGCGCCCCCCGCGGGGGAUCCCGAUGCCCACUGCCAAGCCCAGGAAUCCGGGGAGCCCCUCCAGCCCGCCGACCCCCCGGGGAGUCAGCCCCCUCGCGCCUCCUCCUCCUCCGGAGAGCCAGACAAGCCCAGAGCGGCCCCCGCGGCCUCGCCCGAGCCUCAGUGUGAGGACCUCCUGAGCUUCCCCGAGGAGCAGCCCGAGAAGAGGCAGCACAGCGUCUCCUUCCUGGACCUGGACCCGUCCCAGUUGCACUUCUACAACGCCGACCAGCCCCCCGCCGCCAUCCUGGGCCCCGGCGGGGAGACCACGGCCCACCACCCGCCAGAACUGCUGGGCAAAGCUCUGGCGCCUUCGAGUUUCCCACGGGACAGACAACACCUGCCCUCCGGGUCCCCCGACGAGCACCCCGGCACGGCCGCCACCGCCACCCUGGGUUACCUGGCAGCCGCGGAAGCGGUCACCUGGGAUGCCGUCGAGCCCCCGAUGGCCACAGAGUCCGCUGCCGCCACCCUCCCACGUUCGCACAGGACUAACCGUCCCCUGCCCCCGCCUCCUUCCCAGCACCCGCGCAUGGGGCACGGGCCAGCAGGCAGCAGCGUGGGGCUGGCCGCCCCCCACAAGGUUGCAGGACCAGCCCCUGCCCCUGAGAGGCCGCCGGAACCCAGAGCCAUGGCUGACCCGGGCCUUGUCCUGGUCGGCGAGGUGGCCGCUGCGCCUCAGGGCCCCGUGUCUGCCGCUGGGUCGCAGCCGGGCCUCCCGGAGAAGGUGCGGGAAGGCACGAGGGCGCCCCCGCUGCAGCUGCGCGCCGAGUCGGUCCCCGUGUACUCCGCCUGCGGCUUCUCGGCGCCCAUCCCACCCACCCGGACGCUGGAGAGCAAGAUCGCCGCGGCCAUGCACGCGGGCACUGCCGACGUGCCCGGCGCCUCUGCGUACCACCCCUUCGCCGCCGCGUGCUCGGCAUCUGUGGACGACGGCCUCCCGCUGCCCCUCCCGAUGCCGCAGCCCAAGCACGCGCCCCAGAAGACGGCCUACGCCGCCUUCAGCCGGCCCGACUUCCCCGCCGAGCCCUUUGGCCCAGAAAGCUGUGUGCACUUCACCAUGACGCCCGGCUGCCAGUUCCGCCCCCAGAGCGUCCCCCCGCACCACAGCAAACUGGAGCAGCACGCCGUGUACGGGGCCAGGUCCGAGCCGACGGCCUCCGUGGGGCCCCACUACGGCACAUACAUGGCCCCGGGCAGGAGCGCGGCCGGGCUCCACUCGAAACCCUGCAGCCGGGUGGAGUAUGUCCCCUCCCUGGGCUCCUCCAUCCGGAACCCUUGCUACCCUGAAGACGUGCCCCCCUACCCCACCAUCCGGAGGGUGCAGUCCCUCCACGCCCCGCCGGCCUCCAUGAUCCGCUCCGUUCCCAUCUCGCGGACGGAAGUGCCCCCCGACGACGAGCCAGCCUACUGCCCCCGCCCCCUGUACCAGUACAAGCCAUAUCAGCCCACCCAGGCCCGCUCCGACUACCACGUCACCCAGCUGCAGCCUUACUUCGAGAACGGCCGGGUCCACUACCGCUACAGCCCCUACGCCAGCGCGUCCACCUCCUACUUCAGCCCCGACGGGGCCCUGUGUGACGUCGAUGCCUACAGCACCGUGCAGCUGCGGCCCCUGCACCGCCUCCCUGCCCGGGACUUCGCGCUCUACCACCCCCGGCUGCAGGGGAAGAGCCUGUACGGCGGCUACUCGGGGCUGCCCCCGCGGCCCAGGGCCACCGCGGCCGGCUACUUCUCCAGUAACGACCACAGCAUCGUCGCCCCAAUGCCGCCCCCGGCCGAGGCCAAGGCCACCUACGCCUCGUGGGACCUGGAGGACAUGGAGAAGUACCGGCUGCAGUCCCUGCAGAGGGAGACCCGCGCCCGGCAGAAGGCCAAGGGGCCUGUCAUGUCUCAGUACGACAACAUGGCGCCCGCCGGCCAGGACGACCUGGGGGGCAUCUAUGUCAUCCACCUGCGCAGCAAGUCCGAUCCUGGGAAAACUGGACUCCUCUCCGUGGCCGAGGCCAAGGAGGGCCGGGCCCCCGCCAAGGCCGUGAGUCCCCAGGGCGGCGACGAGCGCUUCUACAGGAAGCACCCGGAGCCGGAGCUGGACCGGGCCCACCCCCACGCCGGCUACGGCAACGGGCAGGCUGAGAAGCCGGCGCUGCCGCAGAAGCAGAGCAGCCUCCGGGGCCGGAAGCCGCCCGAGGUGGGCUGCGGCCUGGCCGAGCACCGGGCGCACCAGGAAGCAAGCCAUAGGCAGCUGAGCGAGCCCAAGAACGGGCCCCCCUUCCCGCCGGGGCCCCUCGAUUACGGGCCCAAAGGCCUCGCGGACGCCGCCGAGCCCGGCGGCUACCACAACUCCGGCGGGAAGUACGUCCCGUCGGGCCAGGAGUCGUUGACGUUGAGGCUCAACCCCAAGGAGGGCAGACUCUUCAAAGAGCCCGAGCGGGCCCGCGCCCCCCGGCCGGCCGCACGCCCGGACUGCUGCAAGGAGGAGGAGGCCCUGGCCAUGGCCGCUGGGCCGCCUCCGAAGCCUGAGAGGAGCCGCAGCCUGAAACUGCACCACGGCCAGGCCGGGGAGAGGGACCCCGCCGGGCCCUACCACUACCCCCCGGCGCACGGCAAGCGGCACGGGGGUGCGGCGGUGGUGUCCCAGUACGACAACCUGGAGGGCUACCACUCCCUGCCCCAGCACCAGCACCCGCGAGCAGGCUUCGGGGGGGCCUCGGGGGGCCCCUGCCUGCCCGCCGGCUUCCCCCACCCGCAGAGCAGGACCUACGCCACGGCACUGGGCCAGGGAGCCUUCCUGCCCGCCGAGCUGGCCUUGCAGCGGCCCGAGGCACAGGUCCACGCAGAAUGAGCCCCCGCCCGUCCCGCCCUGGGAGCCACAGAGUCGGUGCAGCCUCUGCUGGACAGUGGACUGUUCUAUUUUUUUCAAUAACCAAAAAAAAAAAAAAAUUAAAAAAUUUCAACAACAACAAAAAAAUCAAGCUACCACCCCCCCUGACCAUAUUAAAAUAAUAAUAAUAAUAAUAAUUAAUAAUAAUACUAAGAAAGUCGCCAUGCCCUCUCCUCCCCGCCUCUCUCCCAUCCAGACACACACACACAGACACACACACACACAUACAGGGCGGCAGGCUGGGUGCGUGUGAAACAUGGGCUGGAGAAAUCUGUCUCGACACUGGCCAUGCAGGGCUGGUCCAUGGGACCACCUGUCACAAAAAAGGCCGAGUUUGUCGUUGUCCUUCAGGGCCUAUCUGCGGUUCUGAGCGGUUUGCAUUUCUCCUACGGCCCCACGGCUGUCCCUGUUCUUACCCAUCCCAAGGGACACACGGCCCCCCGGGAGGCACGCCCUCACCCUGCAGACAAGGCCAGGGCCGCUGGCAGCACCGCAGCUAACAGGUAAAGGCAGGGGCUUUCGACGACGGUCAGUAGCUCUCACCUGUGUCCAGCUGUUUAAACCCAGCUGGAAUCAUGCACUCUGCCAUUCCGAUUUUUUUUUUUUACACUUCACUCCUCACCAUCUCAUGAACGAGGCUCAGAUCACAGAAGGGGGCUUUAGAGUUCAAGAGACCUUAGAGGGGACCCCGUGGGCCUUGUCAGCCCCAGAAGAUGCUCUCAGUAUUUCUAGUGGAUUGCCUGUCUUUUGUUAGUUUAUAUUUCUGGCAGAAUGGAGUCCCCUUAACACCCUUCACCCCAUUUGUUCUCCUGAAACAGUUUCCUCUCCAUUGAAAGCAGCUUCCCCCGUCCCCUCCCCCGCCCCCCCCGCAUGGUUUGACUGGCUAAAUGCACAAAUUAUCAUAUGCUGACUACGAGCAGCCACACUCAUUUCUGCUCUGCCCGCACCGGCGGUCCCCACGGAGCCAACGCCCACUCUGAUGCGUCUCUGUAGCAGAUACAGGGCAUCCAGCUGGAGUGGGUUGGCUUUCGGGGUGGUCAGGGGUGUGUUCCCGGCCCCCCCUUGCUGUGAUCACAGUCUGACUAUGCUCGCCAUCGACACCAGCAUUUCACACGUGGUUUGGGAAACUAGCCAACGUCCUCUGCAGAUAACGCCCAGGGUCUUGCCUUGAAACUUGCAUUCCUGGUGAGAGCAGGGUUGGACACUUCUGGCCCAAUCCAUUCCGUCUCGUCCACUCAGCCCACCACGCACACACCAGACUGGCAAGGCAGUCCCCCGGACGGCACGGAGACAGUCUCCAUUUCCUCAGCCCCGAGCCCACCCCCCAGUUUCAUCCAGUCACGUGUUUUAGACACCCCAUUGGUGGAAGACACCAGGGAUUCCCAUUCCACGUGCUGGCUGCGCUGCUCCGGCCUCUGACGGCUUGGAAUUCGUUUCUAUUGAGAGCAAAGGGGAGAAACCUUUUGGGAGGAGAAUUUAUGCUGCUAUUACCGCUGUGAAAUUGUAUAAACAUGCCAGUUAACCUUUUUUUUAUCAUUAUUAUUAUUAAAAGAAAAAUCCUGUGAUUGCAUUUUAAGGGUUUAUAUUUAGAACAAAGAAAUAAAGUUUCAAGAGCCACAGUCAUUUCCACGUGGAAACCCUCCCUAAGGUUAUCCCUCUGUUCCCCCAGUGAACUCACCCAAGGGAUUAAUAGGAACCAUGGCAUAAAGCAACUCUGAAACGGAGUGGUCUGUCCAUCGCCAACACGGGGUCAGCCAGGCUCUGAGUGUGUCCGGAAGACACGUCUCAUCAGCUCCUGUUGAACUCAGAUGCUGACCCGCAGCUGGCUCUGUGGCUGCUGCCCAGCACUGCCCUCCUUCCUCAUUGCCAACCAGCCCGCCCACCCCCCCCCCCCCGCCCAGACCAUCACCCAAGCCUUGUGCUCGCCAGCCAUGGGGGGGUGGGGAGCGGAGGAGCCGGCAGCUGCUUUCGUGGCCAAAGCGGCUGCUUUCAAGACCCUUGGGCAUGUCUUCACACCCCCGGUCCAGGCCCCAAAACAAGUCCGCUUUAUGACGCCCAUCGUCUAGAGGACGAAGACGCUCUUCCUCCCUUUCGGAAUGUCCUCCAGGGUUCAGAUGAUCAGGUCAGAAUUUUGGAUGGUGUCGGAAACGCAAAUCUGAGACGAAAUUCAACACUGCUUCAUUCCCCACGGACCAGGCAGCCUCAGCUCCACGCUGUUCUCUGCGCUGUCGGGUGGCCAUGAAGGGCGGGUCCCUGGGGCCAGGCCAGCCCAGCUGAGAUCCCCAGGGGAGGCUGCAUGGGGCAGAGCCUGCUGGCCUAGGAGCUGGCCGGCCUUCGGCGUUAAAGCUCGCCUGCCAUUUCACUCUUAACCUUCCGAGCCUUUUUUUUUUCCAGCAUUUAUCUUUUUCCUUUUCUUUUCUUUCUUUCUUUUUUUUUGCAAAAUUCCGGUGCCACCGUUUGGUGUGAUUGAAAUACCUAAUUCCCGGGGUGCCUGGCCAGAGUCUGCUGACAGCCCCAGAGCUGCCAUUUUCUUAUUAAUCAAUUUUAUCUGAGCCUUAUUCCGACUGUAUUCCACUCCAGCCCUGGGAUUGCCCCCCUCUCACCCCCCCCAGGGGAGGGCCUGCAUAUUUUUAUAAUGGCAAAGCAUUUUUUUUUUAACAGGGUCAGGUUAAAAGUUCUAGGACUAAUUCUGUAGAGAAGAAGACCGUUCCUGUGUCAGGAGAGACGCGAGGGUGCACUUCUGAAGAGCAAUAGAGACAGACUCAACUGGAAAUUUUCCCUUUCGUUUAAAAAAAAAAAAGUCUGGAAAAAAAAAAUUCCCUUUUCUCUGUUUCCAGCCCUGUCGUUCCCUGUUCAGCAUGUUGCAAGGUCUUGUCUGAGCUGUGGGUCAGGAAAUGGUCGUGAAAGCGAAGGUAUGUCGGGAAGUGGCUUCCAGAUGGGUUCGAGGCAUGUGCCGUGCGGUGCCGUGUAUGACGGAGAUGUCGGGAAUGGCCUGUUUGUAUUAUGCGACAAUGUGUGUGCACAGAGGGUCUUCCUUUCCCUUCCCUUCCCUGAAUAGUACUGUUAGCAUCAGGAAUCCAGACGGUUGUUUGACAGCUUAGAUUCUAAGGUAGCAAAACCUGAUUUUUUUUUUCCCAAACCAUAAACUGCAUGAGACAGACACCCCAGGAUGUCUUAGAUCCUAACCUUUUUUGAGUUCUUAACUUUUAAUUUAUAUAGUGUUUUUUUAAUGUUUUAAUAUUUUUUGUGAACUGGUGUAAAUUGUUACUGCAUAUAAGCUUGUGUAUUUUUGUAAA